UAUAUAUAACUACUACACUUCCAUUUCUCAACAACCAUCAUCCUCAUCACCCACUUACUACAUACAUAUAAUUUGAGAAAUUAAUUUUGAAGCAACAUUAAUAUGGGUAGAAGAAAUCUGGGUGAUGGACCUUCCUUGGCUUCUCUCGACCAAAAGCUAGCCCUCGCCAAGCGCUGCUCUCAAGAGGGUGCUAUGGCAGGAGCUAAAGCAGCUGUUGUUGCUACUAUUGCUACUGCUAUCCCAACUGUGGCAAGUGCAAGAAUGUUGCCUUGGGCAAAGGCCCAUCUCAACCCCACCGCACAAGCUCUCAUAGUCUCCACUGUGGCUGGAAUGGCAUACUUCAUAGUGGCUGACAAGACUGUCCUCGCAACCGCUCGCCGCAACUCCUUCAACCAAUCUCACAAAUUUUAAUUCAACACUACUGCUAUUUAUAUAUAUAGCUAUCAUCUUUAAAUCUCUCUAAUGUACCCAACUCUAACCCUGCAGAUUAAUUAUUAAGUUUCUAUGCUACAAAUAUAGAGUUGGCUUAAUUAAUUGAUCACGUAUGUGAAAGUGCUUCCAUAUAUCAAUGUAUUGCAUCCAAAUGUUAUAAAUGAUGUUAUUACUCAAUAUGAGUGAUGAAAC